ACCAAAGACAAAAAGAGGAUUGAAUUAAAAGAGAACAUGGAGAAACUGGUCAAUAAACGACUCCUGGAGGAUGAUGAUGUUUUUGGUAAGAAAACUAUACCAAUUAAAAGGGCCAAUACGUUACGCUGUUCAGCCUCAUGAGGAAUCUGAUGUAGAUAAUAAUAAGGAAGUGGAGGAAAUGGAUUCCAACUCAUCAGAAAGUAGAAACAGUUAUGGUAGUUCAACUGAUAAUUCUGAUGAUGGAGAAAUUGAGAAAGAAAAGUUGAUAAGACAACUAUCUGCCAAGCUUGAUAUUACAAUGUUACGGAAACUGGCUAAUAAGGAUGCUACUGAAACCACUUCUAGCAAGGCCAGUAGUUUACUUGCCCAAUUAAGUAGUUCAUCACAUGACUACUUAGAUGCAGAGAAUUCAUUCGGUAAUGGUUCUCAUGAUUCAUCUAACCCUUCCCGAAGCAAUGGUCAAGAAGUCAAAUCUAAUAAACCUGAGAAUCUUGGCAAUGUCAAUAACGGACCCAACAAUCUUCCAGACCCAUCUAUUGUGGAUCAGCAGCCCAUUAAUGCAUUUCAUGAGGAUAUGUCUAUUAAUACGUGUAAUGUAAAUCCACCCAUUAAUGAUGAUAAUAAACAAAAUGUAGGAAAUGAUCAGAUCCAAAUUUAUACCAUCACUAAUCCAGAACGAGUAAGUAAAAUCAAUUCGAUUGUCCCAAGAUACAAGAGCUGAGCAACUUUUGAAUAUAAAAUUUACUGACCCAUAUUGCCACUCCUACAUCUUUGAUAAAAAUUUUGUAAGGAAUUCAGGAGUUUCUAUAAUCUAGUGUAAGAGAAUGGAAACUUUUUUCAAAUGUCACAGCUACUGAAUUUUGAGAAAGUUACUAAUGUUGUGUUGGCAUUUUACAGAAAUAUUUUAAGAAGGAAAACUAACUAUAUUGUUAAUCCUUGCAGGG